CUUUCAUGUUUUCUAUAAGACCCUUUAUACCUCUUAUUCCCACUGUCCCACUUCCAUCUCACUCACUUCUCAAAUUUUAGUAUUUAGAAUUAGAACAACCUUUCACCAUUUCCUAGUGUGUCCGUGUGCCUUCAAAUCUUUAUUCACUAAUUUCUUUUCACACAUAACAUCAAAAAACAGAACACACUCAAACACACCCUUAUGGCUUCAAAUGGAACUAGCUCUGGAACUGGUUCUCCUUGUGGAGCAUGCAAGUUCCUAAGAAGAAAAUGUGCACCUGAUUGCAUUUUUGCACCUUACUUUUGCUCAGAACAAGGUCCUGCAAGAUUUGCAGCUAUUCAUAAAGUGUUUGGUGCUAGCAAUGUUUCUAAGUUGCUUUUGCAUAUACCAGCUCAUGAACGUUGUGAAGCUGUUGUUACUAUUGCUUAUGAGGCUCAAGCUCGUAUUAGAGACCCUGUUUAUGGCUGUGUCUCACACAUUUUUGCCUUACAACAACAGGUAGCAUGCUUGCAGGCACAAUUGAUUCAAGUGAAAUCUCAGCUAUCACAAAACAUAGACAAUAAUCAAUGGACAUGGAAUAAUAAUACUAAUAAUAAUGUUGCUACUACACAACCAAUGAAUUAUCCAUUUUGUCCAACUUACAUGAAUCCUAUAUCUCCUCAAAGCUCACUAGAGUCAUCAAUUGAUCAUAGUAGCAGCAUGAAUGAUGGAAUUAUGAGCAUGCAAGAUGUACAAAGUAGUAGAGAAGAUUUCUCAUUCCAAGCUUGUAAUAAUUCUAAGAAAAGAAUGUCAUAUAACAAUAAUAAUCAUGACUUGGGAGAGUUGCAAGAGAUUGCACUUAGGAUGAUGAGGAAUUUUGACUAGUUUGGCAUUAAGACUAGCUAGUAGCAAUUGUUUUCUUCAAGGAUUAUGUUCCUUAAUCUUUAAGAGAUGUGCUAUUUUCCAAUAGUUGUAUCACUUGUAUAUAAUCAGAGUGCCUCACGCACGCAUUCGACACGGUCACACAAUUUGUACUAUUGAAUCAAGAUUGAAUAGUUCAUGUUCUCACUUUGAUAAUUUGAGUAAAAAAUUCAAA